ACAAACAGAAGAAAAGAAAAAGAGUGGCAGGGGGCGGGGUUUCACUGCAGGCAAAAAUCCUCAAAGGCUCAGUCGUUGUUCCCAGUGUAAAAGACAAAUUAGGACCACUUUCAUGCGUGUAUAUUCUGUGAAAAGGACAGACAAGCCUCACGAAAGUAGCAAGCAUGGAAUCAGGCGAAGACCAAAACACAAGCAGCACAAACGGAAACCCUCAGACGAGCGGGAACUCCCGGGCACCCCAGAUCGCCCGCAUGUCUUUGUAUGAGAGACAAGCUGUACAGGCUCUCCAAGCUCUGCAGAGACAACCUAAUGCAGCCCAGUACUUCCAGCAGCUCAUGCUGCAGCAGCAGAUCAACACGGCCCAACUACAAAACUUUGCUGUGCAACAGGCCACACUGGCAGCUAGCCGCCAGUCCAAUACACCAAGUAACAGCAUUUCCCCGGCUCCCACCACUGUUAAUUUAAGCACUACAUCUGCCGGUGGGACUAUGAGCAGUCCUCGUCCACACGGUCCGGCUACGUCUGCAACAACAACGGCUCUCAACCAGUCAGUGCUGUUGGGUGGAAACUCUGCAGGACAGGGGCAGAUGUAUCUCAGGGUGAACCGCUCUCUAAGGAAUCCGCUUACCUCUCAGCUCAUCUUCAUGCCCGGCGGGACAACCGCCGCCGUAGCGACGGUAGCUCAGACACAAACACAACCCCAGCAGCAGCAACAGCAUGACACUGCUUCCACCACUACAUGUGCCCAGGCUGACAACGACCAGGUGCAGAACCUGGCUCUACACUGUGCCUCUAACGCCAAAGCCGUCGCUGUAAAGGCUGAAAAUGCAGAGAGGAAGGAUGCCGGCAGCUUUCCUCUCGCUCAGCAGCAGCAGCAGACUUUCUCUCAGCAGCAGCAGAUGGCUAAAGCCGGCUUUAACCAGCCGUCUGCCUCCAGCACUCUGACUGUGAAGGCUGGGAACCAGGCUGCCAUGACUGUGGCCCCUGCAGCCACUGUGGCCCCGUCCUCCUCUUCCUCAUCCCCAGCGCUCCCCCUCUCUCAGCUCCUCCUGGCCCCGUCUUCUCCCGUCAUCCUGGUGCCCACUUCAAAUGUCACUACCUCCACCCAGGGCUACCCAAUCGGUUCUGUGGCCCCGAAGGCCAGCAUGAACCCACAGACUCUGGUGGUGCAGCCCCUUCAGCAGGCCAACGCUAACAUGGAAAAGGGUCUCGUCCCCAUACAGCCCAAGACGGCUCAGGGACACCGUUUACCCAUUCAGCUGUCGCCUCGGCAGCCGCCUCCCAUACUGCCAGCGCCACCAAGCAACAGUCAGGCUAACGCCGGGGGUCAUAACCCUCCACACAUCCCGGUCCAGCUGGUGGGAGCCAGGCAGGGCUUGGCAGGAAAUGCACAAGCUGUGGCUUUGGCUCAGGCGCGGAGCAACGCGGCUCUGGAGAGUCCGUCUGGUGCGGCGGUUAGCUCAGUCCCCAGCAAUGCUGCCAUGGCAAAGCCGUUGGUCGGCUCUCUGAAGAGAAAGUCUGAGAGUGAUGCACCAAAUGAGACGUCGGAAGCAUCAGAUUCUGCCCCCAUGAAGGAUGCAGCUCCUCCUUUAUCUCCUGCCCCCACAAAGGACUCGGCGCCCGCUGUAGACGCCACGUUCUCCGCGCCCCCGACCUUGUCCUUGCCUCUGCCCUUGUCCAGAGGCGGCCAUGGGGACAAAGUUCCUCAGGCCGUGGUCAAACCUCAAGUCCUCACUCAUCUCAUCGAGGGCUUUGUUAUUCAAGAGGGAGCCGAGCCCUUCCCUGUUGCUGGGCUGCUCAAAGACAGAGACUUUGCUCUGGUUGGCCGCACAGAGAACGGUCCUCCAUUGUUGAAAUGUGAGUACUGUGGAUGCUUUGCUCCCGCCAGCCAGUUCAGGGGAUCAAAGCGGUUCUGUUCAAACACUUGUGCAAAGAGGUAUAACGUAAGCUGCAGCCAGCACUACAAGUCCAGCAGAGGGCGGAGCGGUGGGGGGCCGCCGCUACAUCCAAACCCCUCAGAAAACUCUGCUAAACGCAGAGGUCCUUCCCGAAGGGGGAGUUCAAAUAGCACCUACAGUAAAGUAUCGAGCAAGCAUCUUUCUGUCAAGGUAAGAUUUUUUUUUGUUUUGUUUUUUUCUUGCUACUUUUAAAUGAAACAAAAGCAAAGUCAUAUUUCACAUUUUGAAGCACCAAAUUAUUUUUAGAAAUCUAUAUAUCAUAGGAAAAGCUUUCCAUUCUAGAUCUAUUAGACUAGCGGUUCUCAACGUGGGCGGUGCCGCCCCCCAGGGGGCGUUCAGAGG